AUGGCUGAUGAGAAUGUCAAAGAGUGGACGCCAGUAUGCGUGGCAUCAACAAGACGACACAAAAGAGAGUUAUCAAUCAAUUCGUCGCGACUCUCUUCGGUUUCACCGUCAAUAGUCCAAAGUCAAUCUGCCGAUGUCUCUAGUGAUACAUCCACUACCGACCUUGACUAUUUCAAGAGUGCAGAAUGGACCCCGGAUGGAACGACCCUGUUGACAGAUUCAGCGGAUCAUUCUAUCAGAACAUGGAUUCUGCCACCGGAUCUACUAGAGGACAGGCCCACCCACCAGCUAUCCCCAUACUCAACUCUACCCUCAGCGGAGCCGACUUAUGCUACCGCAGUAUAUCCCUUCUACAACCUUCAAGAUCCAUCUACCACCUUAUUCCUCUCAUCUGUCCGUGAUCAUCCAAUUCGGUUAUCAUCAGCCCUUGCUCCUGCAUCAGUGGCGAGCUACUCCCUGGUAAACCCAAUGACAGAAGCAUUUAUCACACCACACUCGAUGAUAUAUCCAUCCACGCUAGGUGGGACCCAUUUUCUCACCGGGUCAGAUAGCCUCAUCUGUCUCUUCGACGUGUCCCGGACAGGAGCACAAGGCCCAGUAUCUUCAAUGCCGACUAUCCCCAGCAAACGCAAGCAGAUUGUUGGCGGAGGUAUUGGCAUGAAGGGGAUUGUUUCAGCUCUGGCCCUUAAUCCCAGCGGGGAUGGUAUUCUUGCUGCAGGAACUUUCACCAGACACAUUGGACUGUACAGCUCAAAUGGCUCGGGUGAGCUCCUCGGGACUUUCAGCGUGGCUAGGACCAGCGCAAACCGUGAGAUUGGGGGUCGUGGGGUUACACAGCUAGUCUGGAGCCCUUGUGGCAGGUACUUAUAUGUCGCUGAACGCAAGAGUGAUGGCAUUUUAGUUUAUGAUGUUCGGGUUACGGGGCAACUGCUUGGGCACUUGCGCGGGCGCAAGGCUUACACGAAUCAACGCAUGAAAAUCGAUGUUGUUUCAUCUGGUCCUAAUGGCUCUCACGAGAUUUGGGCUGGCGGUACCGAUGGGUUUAUGAGGGUUUGGAGGAACCCAGAGCACUGUGCAGGAGGGAAGGACCCCGAUUGGGAGUUUCAGGUGCAUGAUGAUGCCGUGACGAGUACAAUAUUCCACCCCAUGGGGAGUGUUGUUGCAACCUGCUCUGGGCAGCGCCAUUUUGUUUCGGAUGAUUCCUCUGAUGAAGACAUUCCAGCGGCGAACACUAAGCAGGCAGAUAACAGCCUCAAGGUCUGGUCAAUGCCAUUUCUGUUGUCAGAAAACAAGAUGAAUUACGACUCGGAGCCCGCAGCUUGA